AUGUAUGCACCAAAUGACAUCAUCAUCAUAAAUAAUACAAUAACUAACUCAGAUAAGACCAGUACCACUACUCCUCCAUUACUGGAGUGGCAGGAGGUGAGGGGUCACCCUGGUCUGGUAUCAGCUCUCACUGGCGGUACCAGUAAUCCUGUUCUCUUACUCGUCAAACCUGAUUGUCUCCUUAUACAAGAACAGAAGCCUCUCUCAGUCAAAUCAAGAAUACAAGGGACAGCUCUAGUAGUACAGCCAUCUUCAAAUGAAAUGUCUUCCCGUACAUCAUUAUUAUUAAUAUCAGAGGAUGGUAGCCUGAGGAUACAGUAUUGCAAUAAUAAUGAAUCAGUCAAUCACUGGCUCCAGAGGAAGUACACCCCAUCAACACCUCUGGCUUAUUUAACACAGUUCUCUAAGAAAUCAAUCAAGAUCAAGAAGAGAUCAAAGCCUCCAAAGAUACCAGUUGAUUUCUUUGAGCACUGCACUCGAAUGCAGAAUGCUGAACUAGAGUUUGGUGGUACUGAUAUUCUUCAUGUGUACAAUAAGGAACAAGUUAAGCACAGACUCAAUGUUGGUGGACUUUACAUAGCCAGCACUAAACCUGGUGGUUUUACUCUUGAGGUCAAUAACUUACAGUCAGACACUAACGUGAUGGUUGGUGCUAGGAUACUCUUAGGCUGUCGGUCGUUAGAGAGGACCCCAUCAUACAUUGAUGUCUAUGGAAGGAAACAAACUGUAACUUUUCCAGGUGGCAUUGCUCGCUGGUUUGAUGUUCCUUUAUCAAGAGACGAAUGUCUGCAGUCUGACAAGCAAUUUAAUAUAACGUUUGGUCCCAGUAUGGACUCCUCUGGUAUCAAUAUGGUUGAUUGUGUUCGUAUUUACAUGAAAACUAAGGAUGAGUUUGGGUUCCCUGAGCGUCCCGUUACCCCCGGCCUCUCCCUCGUCCCCGGGGGGAGGGUCCUCUCUGAUGACGAAAGAACCGACAGAGAACUACUCCAGCCAUUGGAGACACAGAAACUUCCAUUUGACAAGUCGGUCUGCAUUAGGUUGGUCUGCAAUGCUUUCUCUAUACUCGGUAAUCAUUAUCUUUACUCGUCUUCAUCUCUUGUGGGCGUGGCUGAUGUCGUCAAACAGACCACACCUCUUCUCAACCUCUCCACCCCCGCCAUACUCCAGUAUCACGCUAGGUACCUCAUCUCUUGUGUAGUGAAGACAACCUCCUCUUACCCUCUCUGCAAGCAAUUAAAGUGA